GAGACUCCGCAGCCUUGAACGACGUAGGGACUAGACACGAGAGGAAUUUCUGAGGCAGGAAGAAAUCAGAGCAAGCCAGCCAUGGGCAUGCCGGGGGCGUGCCAUCACGACCACCCGCCGGCGCAACCGCAGCCGCAGAUGCCGCUAGCGGGCGGCAGUACCGGGGAGGAGAUGCAGCGACACGCGCUGUUCGGUGGUGCGAUUCAGGCGGAUUUCCCGCCGCGAUUUGAGGACGUCAGUAACUUCCGAGACGUGCCCAACAACCAGGAGGUGUUUGCUGAUGCGAGCCGGGACGAGAGCAUUGUGGUCGAGCUGCUGGAGAUGAAGGCUGACGUGGCAGAUGCUGAUUCGUCCAGGUGGUUCCUUGAGGAUCUCAUGCGCGAGCAGGAGGCACAAGCUGGGAGUGCGAUAGAAAGCUCCGCGCCCAUCGCGUCUUCCGACUGUCCUCAUUUCGAGCCCUCGGUGGUCAGGAGUUAUGCAGUGGGGAGCAUGACUGUGUCCAAGGGUCGGCAAGGUGCCGAAGCUCUUAAUGUGGUUCGGGUCUACCUGGCGAAUAUCCGUCUCCGCAACGUCCACACAGACGUCCUUAUAACUGUCAACGAGCCACUCUUUAUCAGUGAUCGGAGCGAGAGUGCAGCAGCAGCAGGGGCGGCAGGGGUCACUCAGGCAGCGGUGCAGGAAGCUUCGGCAGGAGUGCUGGGCGCCACAGCUGGUGGGCAGGUGUUUCAGCGGCUGUUGUCCUCGUUCCAGGUGAACGACUGGGGGCUGUUUGGGCACCAGUAGGAGGAACCAGGAACUGGCCUGCAGCAAAGGCUGCAGCAGGAGAGGUCACCCAGGCAGCAGAAAAGGCUGCAGCAGGGGUGCUGGGGGCCACAGCUGGUGGUGGGUAGGUGUUCCUUCCUACGGCUCUUGUCCUUGUUCCAGGUCAACGGUUGGGGGCUGUUUGGGCUCCAGUGGUAGGAACCAGGAAUGGAGCAGUAGGAAUGGCUGCUGCAGGGGUGUUAGGCGCCACAGCUGGUGGUGGGCAGGUGCUCCUUCCAGCGGCUGUCAUCCUCCUUUCAGGUCAACGGUUGGGGGCUGUUCGGACCACAAGACUAGCAGUUACCGUAGGAAUCAAGUGCAGGGAGGGUGGCAGGGGCAGCAGGUGUCACCCAGGGAGCAGUACAGGAAGCAGCAGCAGGGCCAUUAGGUGCCACAGCUGGUGGGCGGGCGUUUCAACGGCUAUUGUCCUCCUUACAGGCCAAGACUGGGGGCUGUUUGGGCAGCAGUAGGAGAUAAGAAUCAAGCAGCAGCAGGGGCAGCAACAGGCCAGGCCAAAUCAACAACUGGCUCCUGUUGUGGAGGUAACAAAACUGGUCCCCAGGAUUGAAGAGCAGUCAGCAAGAAGCAGCAGGGCCAGCGGGGGGAAUGAAUGGAUGACAGUGGCUGGCGAUGAGAGGAAAGAGGAACCAGGACUCCAGGCUCUAUUUGAGCCUCCUUGAGAACCUCUCAGCGCAAACUGAACUGUUUUGAGGUGCCUCAAUUCGCAACAGCUCCAGCGCGGGACUCCAAAAGACGGGCCCAGCUAGGGAGUACUCCUGUUUAGUACCAGUGCGUCCACAACAGAUUCGAUCCUGUGUCACUCGACUAAACAAAGCGAUUGCUUCAACUCUUAGCUGUGUGAACGGCUUGUUAGUUACCCAUACUUAGGUCUAGUGCAAUGGGGACUUACUGCUCCCAGUUAAUGCAACGCAAGGGCACUGGUAAAACGCCAUGGGAGCUUUGCUCUGGCCGGCUGCUUCAGUUACGACUUACUGUUACCAUGAUCAU